CACAGAUGGGCCAUAUUCAAGGCUAUAAUCUUCCUCCUGAACAGCUCUCUUCUCUCAGCCAAGGCACAGUUACUCCAUCUGCCAGCUCAGUACUGCCUGGGCAGCCUGCACAGACCUCGUACACAAAUGCAAUGGUUGGCUCUGUUGCUGGAAAUACUUACUCUAACCAGGCUUCAGUGUAUACUCCGCCAUCUGCUACUGUCGAUGUUGCUGCUUAUCAGAAUGCUGGAACUAAUAUGCCCCAGGUGGCAAACUAUAACUUAGCAUCUCCACCUCUGCCACAGACAGCAGCAGGCAGCCAACAGGCACCUCCACAACAACCACAGCCUCCGCCACCUCAACAGCCGCAGCAUAGUUACUCGCAGAAGGCUCUGCUAUAGGAUCCAGGACUUCCGAUUCCUAAUCUUCUUUACCCUCUGUGAAAGGCAGUUGGCAGUUCUAUGAGUUUCCUCCUUUAAUCUCUUAAACUUUGUUUAUUCUCAGCUUAAUAAGAAUCUAUCUUGGUGAACAAGUUCAAUUUGCACUGACUUUUUAGGAUUUUUUUUUUUUUUAAUUUUGCAGAGGAACGGAUAUAUUUAGGACACUUAAUUCCUUUUAAAAUGCCUAAA